GUCUGCGCCACUGAGGUCUCGAGACCCUGGGUUUAGAGUGGGAAGCGAGGUGUGGGGAUUUGGUCGCUUUCUGAUGAAUACAUUGGCGUGGCAUUGGGACCCGAGAAGAAUCUGGCCCCUAGAGGCUGGUUCUUGCACCCUAAAUCCCCUUCUCUGGUGGACUGACCGUUCGACGGAUUUAUCUGCUACGUGUGCACGUUCUGAGAAUAGGAGAUUGAAUUAGCUCUCAAUAAUGGGAAGAACCUACAUUGUAGAGGAGACUGUUGGCCAGUAUCUUUCAAACAUCAAUCUCCAAGGAAAGGCUUUUAUCUGUGGCCUUUUAAUAGGGCAGUGUUCUUCACAAAAGGAUUAUGUGAUUCUUGCCACUAGAACGCCACCCAAAGAGGAACAAAAGGAGAACCUCAAGCAUCCCAAACCUAAUUUGGAUAGCUUGGAUGAAGAAUGGGCUGCAGAACAUGCCAGCCAGGUAUCCAGAAUGCUACCAGGAGGACUUCUCAUUCUUGGAGUAUUCAUUAUUACAACUUUAGAGCUGCCAAAUGAUUUUCAAAAUACCCUGCGCAGACUGAUGUUUGCUGUGGAAAAGUCUGUGAGUAGAAAGAGACUAUGGAAUUUCACAGAAGAGGAGGUCUCAGAACGUGUGACACUCCACAUUUGCUCUUCUACAAAAAAAAUAGUUUGUCGAACUUAUGAUAUUCGUGAUCCAAAGAGUUCAGCAAGACCAGCAGAUUGGAAGUAUCAAAGUGGACUGUCAGCCUCAUGGCUUUCUUUAGAGUGCACAGUUCACAUUAAUAUUCACAUCCCACUUUCUACUACUUCUGUCAGCUAUACUCUGGAGAAAAAUACAAAGAAUGGACUUACACGCUGGGCCAAGCAAAUAGAAAAUGGUGUUUAUUUGAUUAAUGGGCAAGUUAAAAAUGAAGAUUGUGACCUAUUAGAAGGACAGAAAAAAUCUUCCAGAGGAAACACUCAAGCAAGUAGUCAUUCUUUUGAUGUCAGAGUGCUAACAAAAUUGCUCCUGAAUCCAGACCACAGAUCCACAGCCACAGUACAGAUCUGCAGUGGUUCUGUAAACCUUAAGGGUGCUGUGAAAUGCAGAGCUUAUGUUCACAGCAAUAAACCCAAGGUUAAAGAUGCUGUGCAGGCAGUGAAGAGAGAUAUAUUGAAUACAGUUGCUGAUCGUUGUGAAAUACUAUUUGAGGAUAUGCUUUUGAAUGGAAUUCCAGAAAAAAAAGAUUCUGAAAAAGAGUUCUACAUACUCCCUCACCGAAUUUUUGUCCCCAUUCCUGGAUCUGCUGUAAUGUUAUGUGAUUAUAAAUUUGGCGAUGAGUCAGCUAAAGAAAUCAGAGACCAUUUUAUAGAGAUGGUAGAUCAUAUGAUUCAAAUAGAAAAUUUGGAAAUUGCAGAGGAAAUAAACACAGCUUGUGUAAAGUCCUCUAUGAAUAUCGAAGCUUCAUUUGACAGCACAGAUGAUGAACAACCAAUUAAAACAAUAGUAUUGAAAAUUCAGCAAAACAUAGGUGUGAUUGCAGCAUUUGCAGUUGCAGUCCUUGCUGCGGGUAUUUCCUUUCAUUACUUCAGUGACUAGAGUGAAACACAGAGCUUCCUGGUUAUCCAGAGAACACUGACCAACAAAUAUGAAUAAUAAAGAUAUAAACAAUCCAUCUGCAUUGAUGACAAGUAGAAGCCAGAUCUGCUGCUAUAAUGCCUAUUAGGUGUGUUUCUAACUAAAAAUGAAAUCACCAGCUACCUUGUUUAGCUCUGCUUCUAUUGUAUAGGUUGUCCAUGUUUCCAAAAAUAAAGUUCUACAUCCAGA